AUGCCUGUCUUGGACCAGCGCGCCAAAUGGAUGGUGCAGAGCAAGUUGGAGAAGCGCUCGCUUCUCAUCGCCAUCAACUGCCUCGCCGGAAUGUCCAUUUUCUUUUUCGGUUACGACCAAGGAAUGAUGGGUGGAGUAAACAACGCGAAAGACUACAUCGACCUCAUGGGAUUCGGACACGUCGUUAACGGCAACCCGGUGGUCACCGACGCCUUGCUUCAAGGAGGUAUCAUGUCCGUCUAUUACCUCGGAACGCUCGUCGGCUGUCUCAUGGGUGGAUGGUUUGGCGAUCGAUACGGACGAAUCUACGCGAUCGCAGUAGGUGCUAUAUGGGGAGUUUUCGGCGCAGCGCUUCAGUGCUCUGCGAUGAACGCCAACUGGAUGAUUUGCUCGCGACUUGUAAACGGCAUCGGCACCGGUAUCUUGAACGGUAUAGUUCCGGCUUGGGCUUCUGAGCUCGCGGAUCAUACUUCGCGCGGAACUUUCAUCGCUAUGGAAUUCACAUUGAAUAUCUUCGGUGUGGUCGUCGCAUACUGGCUUGGCUACGCGGUCAGUUUCGUUGAUAAUGGAAACUCGCCUUUCCGAUGGAGGUUCCCCAUCGCCUUCCAGAUUAUCCCACUUUUGUUCCUUCUGGCCACCUGUUGGAUGUUCCCGGAAUCUCCUCGUUGGCUCGCCAAGGUUGGGCGUAACGACGAAGCGUUGUACAUCCUCCAACGAUUGCGCGGAACCACCGGGUCUGAUGCUGGCGUUGCUGAUGCUGAACUUCAUGGUAUUAGGCAGGUUGUGGAACUUGAGAAGUCGUCUGAAGGAACUUCGUACUUGCAGAUGCUCUUCGGUAUCAACUGCGGCAAGUUGCACACAGGGCGACGCGUGCAGCUGGUCAUCUGGUUGCAGAUCAUGCAGUGCUGGACGGGAAUCGCCGGCAUUACGAUGUUUGGUCCUACAAUUUUCAGCAUCGCCGGGUUUAACGCUGACAAGUCUCUAUGGGUAUCUGGAUUGAAUAACAUCUUCUACAUGUUCGCAACGCUCAUUUGCGUUUUCACCAUCGACAGGAUCGGUCGCCGCUGGACCCUCUACUGGGGCUCAGUUGGUCAGGGCCUUGCGAUGUUCCUUAUGGGAGGUCUGGCUCGGGGUGGAUUGAAUGCUACAGCUCGUGCUGAUAGCACUGUCGCAAGCCAAUUCGGUGCAGCCGCUGCAGCGAUGGUCUUUAUCUAUACCUCCAUCUUUGGAGCAACUUGGUUGACAGUGCCGUGGCUAUAUCCUGCCGAAAUCUUCCCUCUGCAAGUGCGCGCAAAGGGUAAUUCGUGGGGAGUUGUGGGUUGGAGUAUUGGUAAUGGUACUUUGACUUUGGUGCUUCCGUAUAUCGUAGAAGCUCUCAAUGAGAAGGUGAUGUAUAUAUUCGGUGCUGUGAACGCGAUCAGUAUCCCUAUUGUAUGGGCAUUAUAUCCCGAGUCGAACCAGCGAACUCUUGAGGAGAUGGAUCUUUUGUUUGCUGCAGACACACCUUGGUCAUGGGAUGCCGAGAAGAAGUUCAAGGAGCUCAAGGAACAGAACCCAGGUCUUGGCGGUGGUUUCCAAGACAAGAUGCUCGAGCCCAUUCAUAUCGAGUCUGCCGAUCACCUGCCUGUUUAG